AUUUUAUUUUUUAUAAAUUAGUGCAAGUAAAUAAUAUAUUUAAAUACUUUAAUAAAGUGAAUUAAAGCUUAAUAUUUCUAAAGCAAAAGGUUGAAACCAACGUAAGCUUAUUAUAUACAUUAGAUAUUUAAAGAUUAUAAACCUAGACAAUAAUAUGAAAAUGUCGAACAAUGCGGACAAUGCAAUUGACGAUGUUACCACCACGGUGAAUAUAAACAGUAGCAAUUUUAUGAAUAGCCACUUAAAAAAUUGGCUGCCUCCGGCUAAUGCGAAUAUGCUCGGCACCUGCAGUUUUAAUAACGUCAUUUUUAAAAAAUUUAAUAAUGCGACUUUCGAGUUUCAGCCAAAAUAUAAGGGGACUUGUACGGUUACCUGUCAGCACGAUAGUGUUGAAGAUAUUAUUGUUAUAAGAAUCGCUAGUGAUACUGAUACGUCUAUUACAUUGAAGGAAUAUAAGCUAAGCCCUGAUAAUGACACUUCCCGGGUAGGAGCUACUUCAUAUAAUCUAAGGUUUGAUUAUGAAACCGUAAUGUUGUGCUUUUCAUCCGAAACCGACCAAUCAAGUUUUCGUAAAAUUAUUGAACUUGUACGACGUAUUCCUCCUAAGUCGGUAUUUGCACAACGCACCGAAGAGUCUUCCGCUUCACAGUAUUUCCAAUUUUAUGGCUACUUAAGUCAACAACAAAACAUGAUGCAAGAUUAUGUGCGCACAAGCACGUACCAGCGUGCGGUACUUGGAAAUAAUGUGGACUUUAAUAAUAAAGUAAUACUUGACGUUGGUGCUGGAUCAGGCAUUCUAUCAUUUUUUGCUCUACAAGCUGGUGCUGCUAAAGUUUAUGCAAUUGAAGCAUCGAAUAUGGCUCAGUAUGCUCAGCAAUUGGUGGAGUCGAACAAUGUAGAAGAGAAAAUUAUGGUCAUUCCAGGUAAAAUAGAAGAAAUUGAACUGCCUGAGAAAGUUGAUGUUAUUAUUUCGGAGCCGAUGGGGUAUAUGCUUUACAAUGAGCGUAUGUUAGAAACAUAUCUACAUGCUCGGAAAUGGUUAAAGCCUAACGGUAAAAUGUUUCCCACUCAUGGUGACUUACAUGUGGCACCAUUUUCGGAUGAAUCAUUAUAUUCAGAACAAUAUAAUAAAGCGAAUUUUUGGUAUCAAUCAUCUUUUCACGGUGUGGAUUUAACUACACUACAUAAAGAAGGCAUGAAAGAAUAUUUUAGGCAGCCCAUAGUUGACACAUUUGAUAUUAGAAUAUGUUUGGCAAAGUCAGUUAAACAUGUGUGUGAUUUCCUAAGAGAUAAUGAAAAUGAUCUUCACAAUAUUGAUAUUCCAUUAGAGUUUCAUAUACUCCAAACUGCCAUAUGUCAUGGUCUUGCAUUUUGGUUUGAUGUAGAAUUUUGUGGUUCUUCACAGCAGGUUUGGCUAUCAACUUCACCCACUGCUCCUCUAACUCAUUGGUAUCAAGUGCGUUGCCUAUUGCCAGUUCCAAUUUUUGUUAAGCAAGGUCAAGUAUUAAAGGGUCAAGUUGUACUAGAAGCAAAUCGCAGGCAAUCCUACGAUGUAACCAUUGACUUAACUGUUGAAAAUACGAAUAUAUCCUCAAGUAAUACACUUGAUUUGAAAAAUCCUUACUUCAGAUAUACUGGAGCGCCUGUACAACCGCCUCCAGGUACUAGUGCUCAGAGCCCUUCGGAACAGUACUGGUCUCAAUUAGAUACUCAACAAGAUACCAAUAUGAUAAAUGGAAUAACGGUCAAUGGUAUUAGCGAUAAUACGAUGGAAAUAACACAUACGCUUAUAAAUAACCAUAAUUAGAUAACCUAAGAAAUUUUGAUAAGUCAAUUGAAAAGAAUAUUCAUUUUCGAAAAAUAACUUAGCCUAUAUAAAUGUUACCACCAAUUUCUCAUUUGAUUUUAUGACAUUUAUAGAUAUAUUUUAUUUAAUUUA